GACAGAUGUAGUGCAUGUGAAUUCUACGAGGGUGAGGGACAACACCAUGGCCACCGUUGGCGUCACCGUCUCCCGCUUCCUUGACAGGCACAACAGUUUUAUAAAUAAUUUCGUAAAAGUCUUCGCAAGGCGCGGCAGCCCGGGUUCUCGGCGGCCGUAUUCCAGUGCUACGCACAAGGAAAAUGAGCAUGAAUUCGGAGACUCGCCUCUAGCUGCUCCCAACUUUGUAGCAUCUAUGAAAACCAGCUCGAGACAGCAGAAGUUCAGAGAAGACACAUUACUGCCCUUUUCAGCGUUCUUGACCGACAACUUCGGCCGGAGGCACAACUACCUGCGCAUCUCCCUGACAGAGAAGUGCAACCUACGCUGUCAGUACUGUAUGCCAGAGGAGGGGGUGAGGCUUACACCACGGGGCCAACUGCUGACCACUUCAGAAUUACUGACUCUGGCUCGUCUCUUCGUCCAGGAGGGAGUGGACAAAAUCCGCCUCACUGGAGGAGAACCCCUCAUCAGACCUGACGUGGUUGAUAUCAUCGCUGAACUGAAGAAGCUGGAGGGCCUGAAAACCAUUGCAGUAACAACCAAUGGCAUGAACUUGGCCAGGCUCCUGCCAAAGCUGAAAACUGCUGGAGUUGACCUUAUUAAUAUCAGCCUGGAUUCACUCGUUCCUGCAAAAUUUGAGUUUAUUGUCAGACGAAAAGGGUUCCAUAAAGUCAUGGAGGGUAUCGAUAAGGCCAUUGAAAUGGGCUUCAACCCUGUCAAGGUAAAUUGUGUGGUCAUGCGAGGCCUUAAUGAGGACGAGUUGAUAGACUUUGUGGCCCUGACAGAAAACAAGCCUGUGGAGGUGCGUUUCAUUGAAUACAUGCCCUUUGAUGGCAACAAGUGGAAUUUUAAGAAGAUGGUGAGUUACCAGGAGAUGCUGGACCGCAUCAAGCAGCAGUGGCCUAAGUUGGAAAUGCUUCAAACUGGACACACAGACACUGCUAAGGCGUUCAAAGUGCAAGGCUUCAAAGGCCAGGUGGGAUUCAUCACCUCCAUAUCUGACCAUUUCUGUGGCUCCUGCAACCGCUUGCGCAUCACUGCAGAUGGCAACCUCAAGGUGUGUUUAUUUGACAACUCUGAAGUGUCUCUCAGAGACCUCUUACGCUCUGGGGCAUCAGAAGAGGAGCUAUUACAAAUCAUAGGAGCAGCUGUUGGCAGAAAGAAGAAACAACAUGCAGGCAUGCUCAAUCUCUCUCAGAUGAAGAACAGGCCCAUGAUCCUCAUUGAGCCUCCAUCUGCUCUUUCAGCAGCUCCUCACACCGCUUGUUCAGACAUCAGAAGAGUCCUGAAACAAGAGGAGGUUUUGUGCCUUUCAGAUUGCACCACUUUAACCCCAAUUACCUAUUUUUACCGCUCUAGAACUGCAGUGAGCAGGGCCACCCAUCAAGGAUUGCACAUCUGCAAAGAAAGACCUAAUGCAACAGACAAUCCACACUUUGUAGCACCAGCUGCUUGUCGCAGUUUGAACAGUUGUCAUUUAAACACCUCAAGCUUCAACACGCACAAAAAUGUCAUGAGCAAAAUGAAUGGAAAAGACUGUCUCAGGUGCGCACAAGCCAGGAAACCUAAUGCUUUGAAAAGACUCUUACAUAGGACCCAAGGAAUUCCCAUGUUUUGCCCAAUAAUGGAACCUAAAAUAUAUCUUAAUCAACACAGUGUUAUAAGAAUGUGCCAUAAUCAGUAUUCCACCCAAAAUCCCACUGGAAAACAAUCUUUGAGUGAUCAGACGAAGUCGGACACAAGUGUGACCAACACCCACCUGCCUGAAAUUACUGAAGUCCAUCUGACGCAUACAGAUGCUCAAGGAAGAGCCACCAUGGUGGAUGUUGGAGGGAAAGUUCCCUCAUGUAGAACAGCCACAGCUCACGCCACUGUCUUGUUGGGUUCCACUGCUUUUCGGCUACUUCGGGAUAACCAGCUGGCUAAGGGUGACGCCUUAACUGUUGCCCAGUUGGCCGGGAUCAUGGCUGCCAAGCAGACCUCGACCCUCAUCCCGCUCUGCCACCCACUCCCCUUAAACCAUGUCUCCAUUACCUUUGACCUGGAAGAGCUACAGGACGCUGCGUUCAUCACUGCAACAUGUAGCACUACGGGCAGAACGGGAGUUGAGAUGGAGGCUUUGACAGCCGUUUCUGUGGCUGCACUAACCCUAUAUGACAUGUGCAAGGCUGUGAGCCAUGACAUCGUCAUUAAGGAUGUCAAGCUCAUGAGUAAGACAGGCGGAAAGAGGGACUUUCACCGUCACCCUUGAACACGUGUGUGGAACAGGAAAACAAAAAAGACCUGGUAUUAGAAUCUGUCUUCAGUGAACUGAUCACAUGUGGAAAAUAUUUAAAUUCAACACAGCCAGUGCGUCCUCCAAGAUGAUACAAAACACCACAAUCUGAGCACUUGAACCCAGUCUGUCCUAACACAUUGACACGUCUGUACAGUCUCAAUCGUGUAAAGCAACAUUUUGUUCUCAUAAACAGACGCGGGAUCAGGGUGUGAACAUAAUCUGUAGGGAUGAGUUGAGAUGAUACUCCAUAUCUGUACGGGUUCCAUACAGUAGCAACAUGUAAAAAGAUUUCAUGUGACGUGGACGUGAGUGAAGGCUGUAUGCCAUGCAGUGAGAGCAUUGUUUUUAAAAUAGUUAUAAAAACAACAAUAAUAAUAAUAUUAGCUUGGUGGGUGUCAACACAAAUGUGUUAAUUGUGAAGUUGUCUAAAAGACAAAAAACACUGAAUCGGACUGAAAAUAGUAUCGGCAGAUACUCAUGAUUGUGAUAAUGGCCUCGUAUCAAACAGAAAGUGGUAUUGAGCCAUUUUUAGCUCUCCUCACUUGUGAUUGGAUCACUUGGGACAGAUUUGUAAACCAGGUCUGAAUGGUCUGAAAAGUGAAUCUCUCAAUUUCAAUGAUCACCCCCAUACUUACUGAUGGUAUCAUUACCAGAACCAAUUUAAUUACUUGAUCUCCCUCUUUUCUUCUUAUUUUUUUUAAACAUACAAGCAACAUGUAGUGAUGUAUCUAUUCAAUUUGGCUGGUUUACUUGUUCAGAAUAGCAGCUGUAAUAGAAAAUAGUUACAAACAUAAUUAUGGAAAUAGCUUGCUCUUGUCAUGAUUAUAUUGUGAAUUAUCUUCAUAGUCACCUUUAAAACUAUGAAGCUCUAUGAAAACAAUUCAAAUCUUACAUAAGAAUGUGUAAUGCACAACAUUUAGUGUAUGUAUGAAGAGGCUGUAGAUAAAAUGCAGUCAGACUGGUGUGUGUCUUUUGUCUCAAGAAGGCAACCAAGCCUCCCUAGAAGGUUUUCAGUGAAGGACAUAGUUCACUCUGGACAGCACACAUAGACAACCAGUCACCCUCACAUCCACACUCAGUCUCCAAAGUUAUUCAUUUACAUGUCUGUGAAUUGUGGGAGGAAGCAGGAGUAGCUGCAGAAAAGACUCAACACUAUGCCGAAUGUGUUUAACCUAGAGUUGUCUACAUGAAAUGUGUAGAUGAUUAAUGCACAUAGAGUUACAAAAACAGCCAAGUCAUGAAAGAAGGUGAGUUAAGGGCCAGUCUCUAAGCUGCUUUUCUCAUGUCUGACAUGUAGCAUACAUGCAGAUUUGCACAGCUAUUCUCGGAACUCUGCGUUGACUAUUCAUUUGGACUGCUUUUGUAAAGCAUUAUCCGUAUUCUUAACCAUAACAUAGUUGAUAUCUAUCCUUAACAUUGACUUAACCUCAAUUCAAAUCUUGAAUUUAACCAUUUCCCCAGUUCUGCCUCAUCCUAACAAGGUCAGUGUUGAACAGGUACUAAAGAGGUAACAAACAUAUGCACACAAACCUUUGUGUGAAACAAUUUUUCCAGGCAUAUUUGAAAAUAGAAAUGCCAGUAGGAUUAAUUUGGUUCAGCUUCUAAUUGCAAGUGAGUAGUUCAGGGAGCAUGAGUUGACCACUUCAGAGUCCAGAUCUUAACUCCAUGGAGAAUUCUUGAAUGUACUCUACAUACAUUUUACGCAUCAACAACAAAAAAAAUGUAUCUGUAAAUUAUAAUAAAUGUGACAUCACUUACCAUUUAUAGAAACAAUACCUCAAAUAAUGCAUGCUAUGUAAUCAAAGCUAAAGGUGCUCUAAUAAAACAUUGACAUUUGA